AUGUCGACACGAUCAUCCACAUGCAAUCAGUACUACAAUAACGGUCAUCAACAUCAUCAACAACCAUUGAUCAAUCCGCUUUCUUUUCUGGACUGGCGCUCGAUUCGCUCGGAAGAGUUGAGAUCAGCGCAUCAGAAACGACGUGAAGCGCAUAAACGUUACGAUUUUUGCCCAAUGAAUCAAUGCUAUCUAUUCCCUAUCACCAAUAUGGAGAGGAGGUUCCGCGCAAUCAUUCCCAUGUUUGCCAAUCCCAAUAAAUGGGCCGAUGACGCAGCGGCGGCGGCGGCGGCGGCGUCGACCAGCCAGUAUCCUACCGUUACCUUCAUAGGAUCACGAGAUGCUCCGAGAGCGGAGGAUAACGGAAUCCCGAAAUGA